CCACAAAGAGCUUGGAUGAACAGGCCUCCAUAGCUUGAGGGAGCUAAGUGAAGCAGGCAGACGUACAAGCUUCGCCUCCUAGUAGCAGGUGUUGGCAAAGGCGCCGAAGUUUCCAUAGCAGUGUGAGGGCAGCUCAAAUCCAUGUAUAUAACAGUUUCAAGUAGCGUUAACGCCGGUGAUUCAUCUUUUCAGGCUCCAGCCAUUGGUAGAUGAGACAUAGCACUGCUGCUUGCUCAGCCCUUCCCGGGUCACAUCAUGGCAGAGGAGGCGGAUGAAGAUCACCCAGAUGCACAUUCACAGGUGGACGAAGUGACCUACCAGUUUUCAUCCGUUUGGCGGAGCAAUCGUGACAUGGGUGGAUUUUGGUUAAAGGCCCCAGCAGGGUGCAGAUGCACGGUCCUGGAAGAGUGCGUUGCGAAGUUCUUCUCCCAGAGUCCAAGGCAGAUCACCUAUCCACUGCAAGUCCACAUUUGGCUUCGUGGUGCCAGACUAAUGGGUGAUACCGCCGUGCCUGAAGAAGUUCUUGAGGCAGUUAUCAUUGAGGAGUCCGUGGAGGAUAAGGAACAAUCCCUGUUAGAUCGAACUGCAUGCCCAGAGCUACGGGAGAAGUUCAGGCGAGUGAUUGAAGAAUUUCGGGAUGCGCCACAUGAGCGAGCAGGUCAAGCAGACCGAUCCGGUCAGUUUUCCAGGUUCUUGGACUUUUUGGAAGACUACCGUCACGACUCGGUCCAGUUCAAAGGACCUUGCGAUGUGGAUAUGCAGGAUUUGCUUGACAAUUUUCUUGCAACUUGAAUGCCUUUCCAUGGGCUAACAUGGCCCGCUUUCAAUCCUUUUGCUGCAUGCUGCUGGCCCGUCAUUUUCAACUGUACAUAUAUAUAGGUUCGGCGGUCUGUCCAAUUUGCAACGAUUCUACAGGAUGUUCAGUGAUUCACGUUUCAAACAGUUCAGAAAGUGGGAGGCAGAGAGUUGAGAAAA